AUGGCCUUCGCGCGCCGUGUUCAGCAGGGCCUCCCCUGGGCCUCGGAGUGCUGUGUGUCCCUGUGGGGCUACCGGGUGGCCCAGGGCUUUGUUUUUGCCAUCGAGGAGAUCAACAGGAGCGUCCACCUGCUGCCCAACCUGACCCUGGGCUUCUCCAUCCGAAGAUCUGGGGACUGUGCACGGAGCCCGUUGGACAUGCUGAGCUUUCUCACGGGGCAGGAGGAGCCCAUCCCAACCAUGCCUGUGGACUCCGCCUGCCCCGGGGGCCGUGGUGGGGAUACGCGGUCAGUCCUGACGGUCUCCGUGGCCGGGCUGCUGGGGCUCUGCAAGUCUCCCCAGGUCAGUUAUUCAUCCACACUGCCCAUCCUCAGCGACAAGACCCAGUUCCCAUCCUUCCUCCGGACCCUGGCCGGUGACCUCGUGUCCUCCUAAACGGUGACCCAGCUGGUGCUCCACUUUCGAUGGACCUGGGUGGACAUUCUGGCCCAGGAUGAUGACUUUGGGCAGCAGGCCAGCUCUCUGGCUGCCCAGGAGCUGAGCCAGGCUGGCAUCUGCCUCGAGGUCCAGCUCUAGGUCCCUUCCCAGCUGGUGGUUCUGGUUUUCCUGAGCCACUCAAAUUUCCUGCUCAUCUGGCAGGGGCUGCUGGGUCUUCGGGUCUCAGGCCAAGUCUGGGUCAGCAAGGGCACUCUGCACCUGGCCACGGCCCUCGAUGUGCCGGGCGUCUCCCAGGUCCUGCAGGGCCCCUGCGGCCUCAUGUUUCACAGCAGCCGGGUGCCUGGCCUCCCCGAGUUCUUGGCUCCCCUGCACCCCAGCCGGGCCCCAGAGGACGUGUUCAUACAGAGGUCCUGGGAGGACACUUUUGAGUGCACGUGGCCCCACAAGAAUGGCGCAGUGGCAAGGGUUGUCCGGCUCUGCGAGCCAGGAGUAUUCUUUCUGGAAAGUGAGCAAAGUGCCGUCUACAGCAUCGCCCACGCCCUGCAGGACCUGGUGGCCUGCGAGCCCUGGGAUGGGACGUGUGCAGACUCUGGGCACUUCCUGCCCUGGCAGUGCCCUUGGCCAUCCCUGGCCAGCCUACAGCAUCCCCCUUCCUCCCCAGCUUCUCCAUGGCCUCAGGAUGGGACCGAGAUGAUGUUUGAUGCCCACGGGGACUUGGUUUCAAAAUCUGACAUUCUGCAGGGGCAGAAGACCCCUGAGGGCUGAUUCCGCUUGGUCCACAGAGAUGAGAUGGACCCUCGAGCCUCUUCAGGGAGCAGAAUGACAGUCCACCUGCAGGAGGAUCUCCAGGUGCCCAGCUCUGACUGCAGCAGGAAUUGUGCUCCAGGUUCAGCCAGACCCCCCGACAGGGAGCCCCUCAUGGCUGUUUCCAGGGCAGCCCCUGCCCUGAGGCCAGUUUGCAGACCACACAGAGACCGCUGCGUGCCCAGGGCAGAGACCUUCCUGACUUUUGACGCACCCCUGGGACUCAUGCUGGCUGUGCAGCAGUCUGCUGGCUGCCUGGCAGUGCUGGUCCUUGGGGUGUUCCUGAGGCACCAGGACACACCCAGGGUCAGGGCCAACAACAGAGCCCUCAGCUAGGUGCUGCUGGCCUCCUGUGCCCUGUGUCCCACCGCUGUCACCUGCCUCCUCCGCCAGACCACCUUUGCUGUUGUGUUCACUGUGGCUCUUUCCUCCGUCCUGGCCAAGACCCCUACUGUGGCCCCAGCCUUAGUCACSAGGCCAGGGUCCAGGGCCCGGGUGUGCCUAGGACGCCGUGCCUCCUCCUCAGUGGUCCUCAUUGCCUCCCUAACACAGGCUGCUCUCUGUGGGGUGUGGCUGGGCCCCUCCCCACCAUUCCCAGACAGGGACUUGGACUCUGAGCCCAGUCUCACUGUCCUCCGGUGCCAGGAGGGCUCCGGCAUCGCCUUCACCUGUGUGCUGGUCUCUGGCCUCCUCGCGGGGGGCACCUUCUCUGUGGCCUUCCUGGCCAGGGGUCUGCCUGAUGCCUUCAGUGAGGCCCAGUUCCUGACCUUCAGCAUGCUGCUGUUCUGCAGGGUCUGGACAGCCUUCCUGCCCCGUACCGCAGUGCCCGGGCAAGUCCACUGUGCGGUGCAGACCUUCUCCACCCUGGCCCCCACUUCAGGGCCUGGGGGAACCUUCAUCCCCAAGUGCUACGUCAUCUUGCUGAGGCCUGAGCAGAACGCCCUGGCCUGGCUGAGGCAAGGACACGGGGCUCAGCGGGAAAGGCAGGGCCAGGUGCCCUGGAGGAGGUGUCCCCGCAGGCCAGCCCCGCAGCCUCUAGAACCCGUCUUCACAGAAGACGCCAGGGCGGCCUGUCUGGGGCUCAUCAUUUCUGUGAGGAUCCAGAGACUUAAUGGUCAAGAGAGAAGUGAGGCACACAGGCCAGGUGCUGAUGACUGUUGGAAUAGGACGGGCACCUGGUCAGUCCUGGGCGGUCCUCUUGGUAUGUAGUGCUCAAAAUUUUCACCAUUAAAAAUGUUUGGAAAGGGCAGUGAAGUGAGGAGGAGGAGGAGGAGGAAGCACGGGGAGGAUGUGGGAGUCUGUUGGUGCCAAUGCAGAAAGGAAACCCGUCUGUCAUUCCUUGAAAGGUUAAGGGUAGACUCACCAUGGGACCUGGUAAUUCCACUCCUGGGCGGAACCGGGAGAAAUGAAAACAUAGGAAAGGUGUAA